AUGGCAUGCCAAAUUUUUCAAAUUCUUUUUCACCUUAUCCACCACUACGUCGCAUCGCCAUAUCCUGUAUCAUUUGUAAAUGUUGUUGUCAAAUUCUUAGGCAAAGUAAACAAAGUAUUACUUUGUGAAAUGAAAUUGGACUUGGAAAUGGACAGUAUAUAUUCAGUUCCGGAUCAAAGUGCCCCCACGUGGGUUAUGACAAGCAAAGAAAGAAGUAUCCAAAAACAGAAAGAAGAAGAGGUGCCACUGCCUCCCAAAUGUGAGGCUCUUAGAGCUGUCAGAUGGGGAUGUGGAGCAAAGUCAAAUGCAAUUGCUAGACCAACAUGUAAGCCGUACAUGCAUUAUGCUUUAGUGAUGAAUAAUGGCACCUUUGUCAGUAAUGCAGAGCUUUAA